AUGUCUUUCAACCUCGUCGACCGCUAUGCGCUUUACAAAGAGGGCACAAACCGAGUGACUCGAUGGCUAGUAGGAACUGCGACUGCAUGUCGACGCAGCGCGACAGCAAAGAACAAAAGCGGCAUCAUCUCCACCAGAGAACUUCUGCAAUACGCCAAUCUCAUCGCUGGAUGGAAACCACCCAUUGAGAUCCCUGGAAACAUAGUCGAGCUCAUUAAGGAUGUUGUUGUCGGCAGAAAAGCCUGUGCGGAGUUCUAUGAUGCUCAGAAUGCAGCUGACGCCGGUCAUGAUGCGUUCAUUUGCGCACCCGAAGAUAUUGGUGAGAAGCUUAGAGGAGCUCGUAGGAGCCGGAAGAAAGAGAAAGGCCCAGCACGGGAAGAUGUUAGCGAUGCACACCAGGAGCUGGGGUCGAAAGGUCUAAAAGCUGAAGCACUACGCAAUCUGUUCGAGCAUCUACAGGUCGAGGAUUCUUCCGAGGAAGCAUGGAGAUCUGUACCAGUGAAGAAUGAGGUCAAACACCUGAUCGCUCCACCUAAAGCGUCACCAACACUCGAGACGGAUCCGGAGGAAGAGACUCGCUUCGCCCUUUUCUGUUCCUCAAGGGCAUGUUCGAGAUUCGAAAGGUCAUUGAGGAGACCUGGACAGAGGCUUGCCAUCACAAGCUCAGCUACGCAACAGCUGCCCUAG